AUGGAAUACUUAGAUUUGUCCAACAAUCAGCGUACAGGAGCAAUACCAGAAACUCUGUCCGAAUUGCAAAAUCUUAGGUAUCUAAAUUUAAGUGGAAACAACCUGAUUGGAUCAGUUCCUGAAGCUCUUAAGAAAAGGGUUCUGGACAAUACUUUAAUCAUGAGUUUGACAGGAAACACGAAUCUUUGCGGAGUUGAUCCUUGCUUGCGGAAGAAGAAACAAAAAAACAUCCUUGUUCCGGUUGUUGCAUCAGUUUCAGGUUUCUUUGUAGUUCUCUUUGGUGCUUUGGCCAUCGUUUGGUUAAUUAAACGGAAAAGAAUAGCUGGAUCUAGUGAAAGCAUGCUGAGAUUAAAAAAUCGACCUUUUACGUAUGGAGAGGUUUCAAGAAUCACUGGGAACUUUCGACAAGUGAUUGGUGAAGGCGGAUUUGGAAAGGUAUAUCUUGGUACACUAGAGAACGGCACUGAAGUUGCAGUGAAGAUGCUCUCUAAAUCAUCAAAGCAAGGGUACAAGGAAUUUCAAGCCGAGGAUCAACUCUUAAUGAUUAUUCACCACGGAAACUUGGUUUCUUUGUUUGGAUAUUGCGAUGAUUCCAGGCACAUGGCACUAAUAUAUGAAUACAUGGCUAAUGGAAAUUUAAGGCAACAUUUAUCAGAGGACCAUCUGAAGGUCUUGACGUGGAGUAGGAGACUACAAAUAGCUGUUGAUAUCAUGAUUUCAGGUUUGGAUUAUCUGCAUAACGGUUGCAAGCCACUAGGGCCACCCAUCAUCCACAGAGACUUGAAGACUACUAACAUUUUGCUAAACGAAGAUUUCCGAGCCAAAAUAGCUAAUUUUGGCCUGUCAAGAGCUUUUGCAACUGAAAAUGACUCUUACGUGUCGACUUGUCCUGCGGGCACUCCUAGCUACCUCGACCCCGAGUAA